AUGGAGUCUGAGGAAUCGCUUUUGAGACCUUGCAAGUCGUUACCGCCUCUCUUCAAGGACCAUGAUGCUCUGCAAAACCGAAUAAGCCCAUAUCUAGGUAGCGUUUCCUCUACGCAGGGCGAGAUGGGUCAAGGGGUCAGUAGUCCCGCAAAGGAGAACGAGGGAAGCUAUGUGACGCAAGAAGAUGAUGUGAUAACGCAAGAAGACAAGGGUUUCAGGUCUCAUGAGCGCAAAGAAACAGAGUCGGCGGCGAAUGUCAGGAGGGAAGGUCCUCUAAACCUUCUCGACUUGCCCUUGGACAUACUGAAGGAUAUCUUGAAGGAGGUGACACACACGAGCGAUUUGUGUAGUCUUGCCGCCUCGAACUCUGCCCUACAUUCUGUCGCUAUCCCUCUCAUCUAUAGCAGAUUCGAUAUAGUAUGGCCAGAGACCCACAAUUCUAUCGAGCCCCGUAUAGGCGUCGAUGCAUUGACGUACGGCCUCGCCACGCUUGUGAUGAGAGAAGACUUAUUCGAACAUGACAUGCUUUCCAACAGUCCUACUUGUGGAGCAUCCUGCCAGAGAUACACAUGCACACAGUGCGGCGCUGUGAACCUCUUGAACCAAACCUCAAACAUUCCCGUCAAGCCCCGAAGAUUACGACGAGGCAACUACUUUUCCCAAUUCACUAAGAAAUUCUCUCUUGGGAAUGGCCCCGCCGAUUUGGUCGCGGACUAUCUUGUGACAAAAGAAAGUGGGAAAUUGCUAGGAACGCUGGUCGCAUUGAGCGUUGCUCGAAUGCCAAACUUGGAGUCCUUCGUGCGUAUUCUCGGAGCCCGCAUUCUCUCUUUUGGAGCAAAUCUUGAGUCUUGA